GGGAAACAAAGGUGGAACAACAUCUCGGUACAUUAGGACGCGAAAACUGGAAUAAUUAACUUUUUCUCAUCGGGAUAUCUUGGCAAAUAACAUAAGGUUUUCGUCAUGUCUCACAAACAGAUCUACUACUCCGAUAAAUAUGACGAUGAUAAAUACGAGUACAGGCACGUAAUGUUACCCAAGGACCUUGCUAAGCGUGUCCCCAAGACCCAUUUGAUGUCAGAGUCUGAAUGGAGGAACCUGGGGGUCCAGCAGAGCCAAGGAUGGGUGCAUUACAUGAUCCACCAGCCAGAGCCACACAUCUUGCUGUUCCGACGCCCGCUGCCGAGCCAGAAGUCAUAAGGCAGCGAUUCUCUGGGUCCUUGGAAGAUCAGUCCUACUUACACACCACCUCAGAUCAACUAAUCUAAAGUGGAGAUCAUGCUGUCAGAUUAUCAGGCUCUUGUGUGGUAGGUGACUUGUGAUUUGGGCUGAUCCCGUUGGACCUGGAGAAGGACUAUCACAGUUAUGAACAGUGGUUGUGGAAUGGAGUAUGUGUUGAUGGAGAGGGGGGAAAAAAAAUCAUCACCCUUCUCAUGGGGGGAAAGACUUAUGCAUGUGUUAACAGCGACACGCUGUCCACCAGAAACAUUCAAAUCAGCUUACACUGUCCUUUUUGACUUAACCUAUCUGUCCAACUUGCUGAACCUGCUUGGAUAUUCCAGCUUUUUAGAACAAUUAUAAAAUAUGGGGAGUGAAACUUGUUCAAACAUUUCACCAAUUCUCACUAAGUGCAUUCUGAGUAAAGCUCAGGUCAGAAGGAAAGGCAGAUAGAAAAGUUGGAUCCCAAAUGAAGUUUGUCUCUGAAACAUCAACCUGCGGUUUUAAGUGACAUGUCGCUGCUCGGUUUAAAUGACACUGUAAAUUGGCAUUUAACAAUUUUUGUCAUGUGCAUGAAAAUCCGCAUGAAUGGAGUUGCUAGAAACUUUGAUCCCUUUUUCCAUAAGAGCAUAUUUUGGCUUCUUUUAAGACAAAUGUCUCUUUGAUGGGUCUGCUUAGUAUUUAUGAAUGUGUUGCCCUUUCUGAAAUAAAUGUAAAACUUUUAAUCGUAUUAGUGUGGGCUUGUGUUUUUGCAGUGCGACUACACAGUGACCACUUGACACAUCAAAGAAAAUUGGGUGACAGUUAUAAUGGCAGAUACCCUUUUUAAUACUCUUUUAGAAUAAACCUGGAUCAUUGAGUUUGAGGUUGAAAAGCAAACUGCAUUGACUUGGGAACUUUGUCUUUCUUUUUAUUGUAUUAAUGCACUUGUUUUCGUUCUACUCGUUUCUAGUCACCUUCUGUCCUUCACUAGCACGUACUGAGCUGCUGUACCAUCUUUGAUACUGAAUUUUGCCUUGAAAACUUCUACUUGUAUAAACUAGUGCCUUUCUGUAAGGUUUGCAUUUGUCAAUUCUUUUUUAAAAAAAAACUGACAUCUUAAGAGCUGUUAAGCUUUCAGAAGAUUCAUUUAGUCUUAAAUGAAACCAUUGAUAUUAAAUUUGUGUUGGUUUAAAUCAAAACCCAUCAGAAUUAAAGUGAGCUAGACAAUAACACCGUUUUCUUUGAAGCAUGCAGCAAAAUAUGAGUCAAUUUCUCAUUC